CCCAGUUGUCAGGUAAAGUGCUUGAAACCCUGAGAUAUUUUCUGGUACGAUGGACCCAAUGAAAUCGGUGUGGCCUGGAAACCAGUCGGCAUCGACCCGAGAAACGUGGGUGAAGCCAUUAACUGAGAAUCUGGUAUAAGUAUGGACGGCACUGCUGCUAUUCCAGCUUUCUCUCCUCACCAGCUUCAUUCAUUCCAGCUCUACACUUUCGUUCAAGUACAUUUACACUCUUUUGCCAGAUCUUUGCAUCGAUUACAUUCUUUGCUCCAACCUUUGUUUUUCUGAUACUAAAAUCAAUCAACACAACAAACCAACCACAUUUCAAAAUGCAGUUCACCACUACCCUCCUCACUGCCGUCCUGGCUGCCCUUGCCUCUGCCCAAUCCCUCAAGAUCCCAGCCCGUUCUGGCAAGAUCGUCUCUCUCUCCAAGCCUGAGACCAUCAAGGGCUCUAAGGAUUUCGGUAACAAGGAGUACGACCGUGGACGUCCUUGCAACUCUGACAAGGACACUGGAUCUGCGUCUGCUGUCUUCAUCCUCGAGAACGGUGCUUCCAUCUCCAAUGUCAUCAUCGGUGCCAAUCAAUUGGAGGGUGUUCACUGCAAGGGUGCAUGCACUCUUAAGAACGUCUGGUUCCGUGAUGUCUGCGAGGACGCCAUCUCCGUCCUCGGCACCGGUAACGUCCUGAUCCAAGGUGGCGGAGCUCAAAACGCCAAGGACAAGGUCGUCCAACACAACGGAAAGGGAACGGUCACCAUCAAGGAUUACACCGUCGUCAGCGUUGGCAAGCUCUUCCGCUCAUGCGGUAACUGCUCCAAGCAAUACGGACCUCGCAGCGUCACCAUCUCCAACCUCAAGGCCAACGGUGUCAAGGCUGAUAUCGCCGGCAUCAACUCCAACUACGGUGACGUCCUCACCAUCUCUGGCUCAUGCGGAACUGGCGUCAAGAACGUCUGCCAGGAGUUCAAGGGUAUCCUCAAGUCCCAGGGUGGCGAGUCCCCAAAGCUCACCUCCAAGAAGAACUGCCAGGGUGCUCAGGGUCAACUCAAGACUCUCCCAAAGUGCUAAAUGCAUUCUCUUCCCUCUCAGGCCUCGCGGUCUCUCUCUGUCGGUAUCUCUUUCCGGGCUUGGUCUCGGCUAGUGGUAGGACGUGGUGGAUGUUGUGGUUCUUGAGUCUCGGAUCAGAGAUGAAGGAUAUCGGGGUUGGACUUUCUGUAUCUACUUUUCGCUGAUGAGGCACACUUUGCUGCCUUUGUCGGUACACACCUACUCUUGUGUAUAUUUUGCAUAGCAUGGGUUGGCAGGACUGGCUUCUCGUAUGAUCAAACGGGCUGGAAUGAAAUGAUAUAAUAUACACAUCACAAUCUA